GCGCCCCCACUGGUGGGUGACGGCUCAGCUUCACAAAUCCCUUUGAGUUUUCUCUCUGCUGUGUUUGCAGCGCCGCUGGCGAGCAGGUUUCGUGAGUGGACGCGGUCUCAAGUAAUGUAAUUAAAUAAAAAGUGUACUUCAAAAUUCACGGCACCGCAAGGUAACUCCUGGUCCCGCGUAGAAAUGAGCAAGUUGAUGAUUGUCGCGGUUGUCUCCGCACUUGUUGGUGUUUUUCUGGGGGAAAGACUCGUUGCUCUGAGGAGAAUGACUUUAGCCUCCAGAGAAGUCGUCCCAAACCACCUUCCGAACUGCCACCACAUUAAAGGCCUAGAAUAUGGAUCGGAGGAUAUAACAGUACUUCCACAUGGAGUCGCAAUUAUCAGCACAGGACUGAAGUACCCAGGUAUGAUGUCAUUUUCCGAUGCACCAGGGAAGAUGUACACAAUAGACCUGUACGACCAAAGGAUGAAACCUGUGGAGUUAAGGAUUGGACGGGGCUUCAACCUUGAUUCUUUCAAUCCACAUGGAAUUAGCAUUUACAUUGAUGAGAAGGAUCACUCAGUCUAUGUGUUUGUAGUCAAUCACCCUCAUGGGAAAAGCCAAGUAGAGAUCUUCCGAUUUGUGGAGGAGGAAAACUCUAUUGUGCACCUGAAAACAGUUCAACAUGAACUCCUUCACAGUGUAAAUGAUAUUGUUGCCGUGGGAACGGAGAGCUUCUAUGCCACAAAUGAUCAUUACUUUGCCAACGAUUUUCUGAAGCAUUUGGAGCCUCUCUUUGGACAGCCCUGGUGUAACGUUGUCUUCUACAGCCCUGAGGAGGUGAAGGUUGUGGCUAGUGGCUUUUACUCAGCUAACGGUAUCAACAGUUCUCCUGACAGAAGGCAUAUAUAUGUAGCUGAUGUUUAUGACCAUAAAAUUGUUUCCCUGGCUGUGCAGGAAAACAAAGAAUUGACUCCAGUAAAGUCAGUGGCUGUUGGAUCACUGUGUGAUAACAUAGAGGUGGACCGGAAUACAGGUGACCUAUGGCUAGGAUGCCACCCAAAUGGCUGGAAGGUGGCAUUUUACAAUCCUGAGGACCCGCCUGGGUGUGAGGUUAUUCAAAUCCAAAACAUCCAUUUGGAGAAGCCUGCUGUGAACCACGUGUACACCGAUAACGGCAGCGUUAUUCAGGGGUGUUCAGUAGCCUCUGUGUACAGAAACAAGCUCCUGAUUGGCACAGUCUUUCAGAAAGCGGUGUCCUGUGACUUGAAGUAGUGGUACGCACAGACA